CAUUAUUAAAUAUAUUUAAAGCUUCCAACAGGCUUCAGGCGACAAACUUUUUCGCGCCUUCGAACAAAAAUGUCCGCGCAAGGGACCGCUCUGCAGAACCACAACAACGAGCUUGUAAAAUGCAUCGAGGACCUGCGCGAGAAGCGUGAAGAGAUAAUCAAGCAACUUCGAGAGGAUGACGCAGAGAAGGCUAAGAUAACGCAGGACCUUCAGAUUCUGACAAAGCGCUUGGCACAAGUCAACGACUCUAUCGCCCGUAAGACGGAAACCAAGAAUGAGUACGACAAGGUCAUUAGUGAGACGGAGGCAGCCUAUCUUAAGAUCCUUGAGAGCUCGCAGACAUUGUUGACCGUCCUCAAGCGCGAGGCGGUGAACAUUGCGAAGAAGAAGCAGGCGAGCUCGUGAGAUGCAGUACGCCAGCUCAAUGCAUUACAGCGUAUUAGACAUAGGUUGUUCAGCAUACACGCAUGGACUGCGGAGCACUGAGAAGCGCGCGAUACAUGCGGUCAAGCCUGGGGCAAUUGGCCUUCAUUUUAGGCGAUUCGGUUAGAGGAUUCAAUUCAAAGGAACAAUGUCACCUUUCGCGAUAAUAUGGGGGUAACGGUGGCAACGAACUCACGUGUGCAAUCGUUACCUACGAUACUUACUUACGACUUGCGUGUACGGCACUGGACUGGAAUGGUAGCUAGUGUAUUCUCGUAUCUGUGUAGCUAGCGCAUCCUUUUGCCUGUGCUAACGUUUUCUAAAGUUUUCAUCUAGUGCAGGUGCACUGAGAGCGCUUGACCUGAGGGGGUAUUAGCCACAGACAGCACGUAGCAGUGUUGGCUUAACGCUGCUGAAAAGCUUGCCAUGACCAUGCAUAGCCCCUUGUAAUGACUGGUAGGGCACGUUAUGUUGCUAUUCCAGGGCACAAGGUAGACCCUGGCCACUGCAUGAUCACAUGGAUGUUCGUGUGUUAACAUUAGUAAUGUAAAGUAAACGAGGAGAACACGUCUUCGUACACUUUUUGAGCUGAGUCGAAUUAGCCCCGACGCUGCGUCGGGGCUGUUGUUGGCCGUCAGGUGAACAGGACCGAGACUUUGCUCGUUUACUCUUGGUCCGGCCGUUUUUCGUACGCAUGCUUGCUC